GGCAGCCAACUGCGAGAUAUUAAAAUGAGUGUAGUGUUGUCACAAAAACAGUGGAAAAUUCAGCAAAAGUUUUAUUUUGCGUUCCAUUUUACCCAAUUUAGUAACGAGGAAAUCCCUUCUAGUGCACAAAUUCUAAAGGAUUGUUGAUUGGAGAUUUGUAAAGUGUUGAAAUAAUGUCAGAUCCCAGUGGAAAUAGUGCGGGAAACUUGCUGUCCAAUGUCAGUCCACCGUCAGCUUUGCCAGCCAACUUGAUUCUUGCUCCAGCUGCUCCGCCACUCAGUCAGACCGGUAAUCCAGCUUCAGAAUCCGUCAGUGUUGCGAGUGAAGGUGCAGCUGCUGAGCCGCAUAUUCCCACAAAAUUCAGUCCAGCUAUUCCACCGAGUAAGGACACAUCAGCCGAGCAGACACCCGCCGCAGAAGAUCCAUCAGCAAAUCUGGGUCAUUUGAACCUCAAUCCGGAACCAGUGUCUGCUGCUCUGGGGCCACUGACACAGUCUGGCUCAUCGCUGUUUGGCUGGGUGAAAGAUGCAGCAUCGAGUGGGGGUGGGAUUCUGUCGAAAGUGGCGGAAAAGGCUAAGAAUUCAGUGGAUACCAUUGUCACAACUCUCGAUCCUCAAAUGAAGGAAUACAUCUAUUCCGGAGGAGACGUGGAAGUAAUUGUGGCCUCGGACAAAGAUGAUAAAGUAAGGCCUUGCCGAGAGGCUUUUCAGAAUGUUUUUGGAAAAGCAACAGUACUUGGACUCCAAGCCCAGCCUAAUAAUAUUGCAGCUCAACCCGUGGGAUUUGAGGCUGCUCUGAGGGGUGCUCAGGAGAGGACUGCUGAUCUUAGGACAAAUUCUCGCAUUGGGGAUAAGCUGCCAGUGGUUGCCGUUGAAAAUUUCACAGUUGAAGCGUUUCCGGAUCAAUGGUUCGAUGCUGGACUUCUCCUACUCACUGAUCCUCGGAGAAAUCUUACUCUGAAGACAGUCACGCAGAUGACAGCAAUCCCCCUGUCUGUGAUUACGGCCAUCAGGGAGGAUACGCCAAAGGAAUACCAGUUUCAGGACACAGGAUUCGCAGUGACUGUUGGUCAGGUGAUGGCCAAUAAUCUGGGAGUUCAUCAUGCUGAAUGGCACAAAUGCUACACUGGCAUUAGCCGCAGUGACAUGAUUUUGAGUGCUGCUAAAUCUCUGGCUACAGUUUACAAGAGAUCCAUCUCAUCCAGUGACGAAUCUUAAUAAUUAACGUUAUAAAUUGGGUAUUUUAUCUCAUUGAUUCAAAAUAAAAAUAUUCACGACAUCUUUA